CCGGGCGGCGGCUCCGCGUCGGGCCGCGCGCCACCAUGCUGGGCCUGGACGCGUGCGAGCUGGGGGCGCAGCUGCUGGAACUGCUCCGGCUGGCGCUUUGCGCCCGAGUUCUCCUGGCUGACAAGGAUGGGGGGCCAACACCACUGGAGGAGGCACUGGACGACGCUGUGCCAGAGUAUCAGGCACCUGGGAAGAAGAGCGCCCUGGAGAUCCGGCAGCUGGACCCUGAGGACGAGAGCCUCACCCAGUACAAGAGAGCACUGCUGGGAACUCUGCCACCUGUAGUGGAUCCCAGCCUGCCUAACGUGCAGGUGACCAGGCUGACGCUGAUUUCGGAGCAAGCUCCAGGGCCCAUCACCAUGGACCUCACAGGGGACCUGGCUGCGCUGAAAAGCCAGGCGUUCGUCCUGAAGGAGGGUGUUGAUUACCAGGUGAAGGUUACCUUCAAGGUCAACAAGGACAUCGUCAGUGGCCUCAAGUGUGUGCACCACACCUUCCGCAGGGGCCUGCGCGUGGACAGGGCUGUCUACAUGGUAGGCAGUUAUGGCCCCAGGGCUCAGGAGUACGAGUUCGUGACUCCAGUGGAGGAGGCUCCGAGGGGCGCACUGGUGCGGGGCCCCUACGUUGUCAGGUCCCUUUUCACAGACGACGACAAGACAGCCCACCUGUCCUGGGAGUGGGGCCUCCGCGUCUGCCAGGACUGGAAGGGCUGAAUCCUGGCUCUGGCCCUUGUUCCCACCUCUGUCCACUGCUGCAAGGGACCCCAAGCUUUCCCUGGCCCCUGGUCAGUGACCAGACCCUGCCCUCUCUCCGCCCUGCAUCCCGCC